AUGUCGACCCCUAACUCUAACAAUUACAGCAAUACGUCGACCCCUAACAAUAACAAUAACAAUAACAGCAAUACGUCGACCCCUAACAAUAACCCUAACAAUAACAGCAAUACGUCGACCCCUAACAAUAACCCUAACAAUAACAGCAAUACGUCGACCCCUUUCUCUAACAAUUACAGUAAUACGUCGAUCCCUAACUCUAACAAAAACAAUAACAGCAAUACGUCGACCCCUAACUCUAACAAUAACAGCAAUACGUCGACCCCUAACUCUAACAAUAACAACAAUACGUCGACCCUUAACAAUAACAAUAACAAUAACAGCAAUACGUCGACCCUUAACAAUAACAAUAACAAUAACAGCAAUACGUCGACCCCUAACAAUAACAGCAAUACGUCGACCCCUUACUCUAACAAUAACAGCAAUACGUCGACCCCUAACAAUAACAAUUACAGCAAUACGUCGACCCCUAACUCUAACAAUUACAGCAAUACGUCGACCCCUAACAAUAAUUCUAACAAUAACAGCAAAACGUCGACCCCUAACAAUAACUCUAACAAUAACAGCAAUACGUCGACCCCUAACAAUAACCCUAACAAUAACAGCAAUACGUCGAUCCCUAACUCUAACAAUAACAAUAACAGCAAUACGUCGACCCCUAACACUAACAAUUACAGCAAUACGUCGACCCCUAACAAUAACCCUAACAAUAACAGCAAUACGUCGACCCCUAACCCUAACAAUAACAGCAAUACGUCGAUCCCUAACUCUAACAAUAACAAUAACAGCAAUACGUCGACCCCUAACACUAACAAUUACAGCAAUACGUCGACCCCUAACAAUAACCCUAACAAUUACAGCAAUACGUCGACCCCUAACAAUAACAAUAACAGCAAUACGUCGACCCCUAACACUAACAAUAACAGCAAAACGUCGAUCCCUUACUCUAACAAUAACAGCAAUACGUCGAUCCCUAACUCUAACAAUAACUCUAACAAUAACAGCAAUACGUCGACCCCUAACUCUAACCCUAACAAUAACAGCAAUACGUCGACCCCUAACUCUAACAAUUACAGCAAUACGUCGACCCCUAACAAUAACAAUAACAAUAACAGCAAUACGUCGACCCCUAACCCUAACAAUAACAGCAAUACGUCGACCCCUAACCCUAACAAUAACAGCAAAACGUCGACCCCUAACCCUAACAAUAACAGCAAUACGUCGACCCCUAACCCUAACAAUAACAGCAAUACGUCGACCCCUAACUCUAACAAUAACAAUAACAGCAAUACGUCGACCCCUAACUCUAACCCUAACAAUAACAGCAAUACGUCGACCCCUAACCCUAACAAUAACAGCAAUACGUCGACCCCUAACUCUAACAAUAACAGCAAUACGUCGAACCCUCACUUUAGCCCAGACAAUAACAAACGGGUUAAAUUGGGAGCUAUAGAUAUAAACACUCUUUCUGAUAUACUCGAUGUACACAUUCAGAAUUGCCGACAACAUGUAAUGACAACAGAGCGUACAUUGCCUACUUACGACGCUUCCCCUUCCGGGAUUUGUGGAAUGCAUUUCGUGCACUUUUCCUAG